AUGGCAACACCAGCAGCUUCGUCCGCGGCAGAAGCUCCAAAGAUUGUGUGGAACGAAGCCAAGCGAAGGUUCGAAUCGGAGGACCAGAAGGCGUACAUAGAGUACGUGCUCAGGGAAAAUGGAAAAGUGAUGGACUUGGUGCACACCUUCGUCCCAUCUUCCAAGAGAGGCUUGGGCUUGGCUUCCCAUCUCUGCGUCGCGGCCUUCAACCACGCCAAGUCCAAUUCCAUCUCUGUCAUCCCCACCUGCUCUUACGUCUCUGUCAGACACUUUUCUCCCGCGGAACCCUUCCUGGAAUUCUGUUUUGUACUCGGGACCAGGAGAGAUGAAGUCUAG